AUGGUUGUCAACCUUUGUCUACCGCAGUUCCUCACAUCAGUUCAGUGCAACAAGUUGUGUGCAGAUGGAUAUGACGUCACAAACCUUAUAUCUUCAGACCCUGCCAUAAGAAGGCGGGGCUUCAAACUGGAGUACUUCCUAUGCCCUCCUCUUCAGGUGACACUGACAUUUGAUUUCAAAGUGGAUUUAUGCAGAGUGGAUGUGGAACUGUGGCCCUGGGGCAUGGACCGAGGGCAAGCUUCCGUGAACUGUCGUCACGAGGAGCUGUGGAGCAGGGGCGGCAUGCAGUCGUUGGCCGCAGUAACACAGCUGCGUGUGGUUCUGCCUUUUGGGGGCGCGGCGUCGGCCCUGGGACUCAAGGCGCUGUCUGUGUGGGGGCAGCCGGCAAGAUGUUGUUCUGCAGAAGUGGUGGAGAGGGUUCAAAAAGUUUAUGAGGCCCGAGAGAGACCAACGCAAGCACCUGUAUCUGUCACGUCUGUUUGCCCGCCCAAGAUACAGAAAAGAUCGCCCACAUGUCAAAGUUUUCAAGUUCCAGAGGAGUUUCUUGACCCCAUCACCCAGGAAAUUAUGAUCCUGCCCAUGCUGCUGCCUGGUGGCGUGGCAGUGGACCAAAGCACCCUAGAGGAAUAUCAGAAAAGAGAAGCCACUUGGGGCCGGGCGCCUAACGACCCUUUCACCGGAGUGCCAUUCACCGCCUCCUCUAAACCCCUGCCCCAUCCCCAGCUCAAGAGCCGCAUAGACCACUUUCUCCUGCAGAGGGGAGACCUGUGCAAAGACGGGAGGUUAGGGAGGAAAGACGACAGUAAAAAUCCACUUCCCUCAAGACUUGUAGCUGUUGAAAAGGACAAGAGAAGUUCUAACGCUGGAGGGAAAGAGAUUCAAAGAUUUCAUUGUGAACGUGUUGGAAAACAAGACCUAAACAAAUCACCAAAACACAAACUAGAAGACCGUGAAGAGGCUCGACCACCUCAAGAAAAAAGACAAAGAAAUGAGGAGGCAGCGUGCAGCUCCCAUGAACAGCGGAUGUCAGCCAGUCUGGAUGAAGCUCUCUCUUCUGCCCUCCAAGGUCGACCGUCCUUCACAUCCAACCUGUGUCUCAACGCACAACUGGACACGAAAACACUACACCAAUCACAGCGCAGAAUGACUGAAAGCUCACUACAUAAAGAUGAGAAGAAUUGUUCAGCCUGCUCCAGCUCCAUCUCCGUUUACUCCAAGCCUGAUUCUCUAAUCUACCGACUCGCCUGUGGUCACUUCCUCUGCCGCUCCUGUCUGCAGAGGCCUGCCCCAAACCCAACACGGACUUCCACUUGCAGUAACGUCCUGUGCCCCACCUGCCACAGCUCCACGCCACGCAGCGACAUCAUACGAGUACAUCAUUGA